CUUACUUGGCUUUCUUUCGUUUCAGAUAUCGAGUACCUGAAGUCCGUCCUUCCUGCGACAACCGAGGAAGAUUUCUUCGAAUACUUGCACACCGUCGAUGCCUCCGAAGUUUGCAUCUCAUCUGCCCCGGAGGGUUCGGUUGUCUUCUCCAGGGUGCCGUUACUCCAGGUGAGAGGCCCCUUGUUGGUGGUCCAGCUUAUGGAGACCACCCUGCUGUGCCUGGUGAACUACGCCAGCCUGGUGGCCACAAACGCCGCCCGGUUCCGUCUUGCAGCCGGCCCGGGCAAGAAGCUGAUGGAGAUGGGUCUACGCCGGGCUCAGGGGCUGGACGGAGGCCUCUCGGCGUCCAAGUACUCCUACGUGGGCGGUUUUGAUUUUACCAGCAACGUCCUGGCCGGGAAACUCUACGGGAUCCCAGCGCAGGGAACGUUGGCUCAUUCCUACGUCUCCUCCUUUACCUCCGUGGACGACGUCAACCCACGGAGCCUGCUGCCCCUGAAUGGGAAGGAGCCCGUGGACCUUCCAACCUUAGUGGACAAGUGGUUGACUCAAGUGUGCCAAUUACUCCGAGUCCCGCCGGAGAAGGUGAGCUGCGGAGAGAGGGCGGCCUUCAUGUCCUACGCCAUCGCCUACCCGCACAACUUCCAAGGCCUGGUGGACACUUACUGCGUCAUGAGGAGUGGCAUUCCCAACUUCUGUGCCGUCGCCCUGGCGUUGAACCAGCUGGGAUACCGAGCCAUUGGAGUCCGGCUGGACAGCGGAGACCUGGCCAAGCAGUCGGUGGAGAUCCGUCACGUCUUUCGGACUUGUAGCAAGCAUUUCCAGGUUCCUUGGUUUGAGACGACACCCAUCACGGUGAGCAACGAUGUCAGUGAACAAAGCUUAGAAGAACUGUCUCGAGAGGGCAAUGAAAUUGAUAUGAUUGGCGUUGGGACCCACCUGGUGACCUGUCCCCUUCAGACGACCUUGGGCUGCGUCUACAAGCUGGUGGAAGUCAAUGGUUCUCCAAGGCUGAAAGUGACCGAAGACCCCGAGAAGACAACCUUACCUGGAAGGAAAGUGGUCUACAGACUGUGGGACGAGGCAG